GUGGAAAGGAGCUGGGGGUUUUGGGUGCUGGUGACAGAAAUCCAAGUCCAUCUGUUGGCGUAAACGGACUGGACGCCGUGCGACCGAGGCGGAGCGCCCCUGAUAGAGAGCCAAGAUGCUGAAUAUGUGGAAAGUCAGGGAACUGGUGGAUAAAGCCACCAAUGUGGUGAUGAACUACUCCGAGAUCGAGUCCAAGGUUCGAGAGGCCACCAACGACGACCCCUGGGGGCCCUCUGGGCAGCUAAUGGGAGAGAUUGCCAAAUCCACCUUCAUGUAUGAGCAGUUCCCAGAGGUGAUGAACAUGCUGUGGUCCCGGAUGCUGAAGGACAACAAGAAGAACUGGAGAAGAGUUUACAAGGCCUUACUGCUGCUGGCAUACCUCAUCAGAAACGGGUCCGAACGGGUCGUCACCAGCGCCAGGGAACACAUCUACGACCUGCGCUCCAUGGAGAACUACCACUUCAUCGAUGAGAACGGGAAGGACCAGGGCAUCAACGUGCGGCAGAAGGUGAAGGAGAUGGUGGAGUUCGUGCAGGACGAUGACAGGCUCCGGGAGGAGAGGAAGAAGGCCAAGAAGAACAAGGACAAAUACAUCGGGGUGUCCUCGGACAGCGUGGGAGGGUACAGGCACACGGGAGACCGCUUCGACUCGGACUCCAAAGGGAAGUGGGACGAGGACUGGGACAAGAGCAAGGGCGCCUUCCCCUUCAGCGAGAAGCUGGGGGAGAUCAGCGACAAGAUCGGCAGCACCAUCGACGACACCAUCAACAAGUUCCGCAAGAAGGACCGCGACGACUCGCCGGACCGCUGCAGCGACAACGAGGAGGACCGCGACCGUGUGUCCCAGAAUGGUCGGACCACAAAGUCAGAGUUCAAGGACGAGGAGGAGACGGUGACCACCAAGAGCAUCCACAUCACGCACGCCACAGAGACCACCACCACUACCACCACGCGCAAACGUGGGGGCGUCCCCACCAAAACUGUAGACCUGGGGGCGGCCGCGCACUACACGGGGGAGAAGAGCAGCCCCGAAAACACCAAGACAACGGAUUCUGGAGUCAGCCAGACCUCCAGCAGUGGCCUUGCCGACCUACUGAUGGUGGACUCCGGGUCCAGUCAGACGGCACCAGCAGGUGGAAGCUCAGAUCUGAUUGGUGGAUUUGCGGAUUUCUCAUCUCCAGCUGCCUCUGCCAGUUUCCCCACUGGAGGCGGUUCAGUGCCCAGCGGGAAUGGUGAGUUUGGGGACUGGAAGGCAUUCCCCUCCUGCCAGCCGGCCGCCCCCGCGUCCCAGCCCCUGGGUGGCAGCGGGACGGACCUCUUCGCCAGCAUGCAGCAGCCCCCCGCCCCCGCCCAGGUGUCCCCCCCGCCCUCGGCUGACCUCUUCGACCUGAUCGGUUCCUCCCAGACCUCCCUCACCGCCUCCCAAAGUCUGAACUUCGCCAUGCGUAGCACACAGAGCGUGGGCGCCGGCUCGGGCCUGCCCAUGUCCAGAUCACAGCCCUUGCAGAACUUCGGGGGUCCUAUGCCGAACCUGGGGGGCCCAUUACUGGCCCAGCAGAUGGGGGGGCAGAAGCCGGUGGGGAAGGCCUCACUGCCAUCGACGUGGUCGGACCCCAGCGUCAACAUCAGCCUGGACUUCCUGUCUCCGGGCAUGCAGCCGCCCAAGCCCUCCCAGCCCACCCUCAACACCAUGAUCCAGCAGCAACCCCUCCCUCUAGGUGUCCAGCCUCCCCUGAACAUGGUCGCCCAGAGCUUCGCCGGACUGAACCUCGGCACCCAGCCGACACCUACGCCUGCGACCGUGCCCGCCAGGCCGCCCGCCAACCCCAUGAUGGCGGGCACGGGGAUGGCCAUGGGGAUGCCCGCCGCCAUGGCGACGGGCACCGCGGGGAUGGGCGCGGCCCCCGCCGGAGGAGGGCCGCUCGGACAGGGGAUUAUGGGAAUGAACAUGAAUAUGGGCAUGCAGCCGGGUAUGGGUCUCCCCGGCAACAUGGGCAUGGGCCUGCCGCUGAUGGGCGUGGGCGUGGGCCAGGGCAUGACCCCCGCCAUGGUGCAUCCCAAACAAGACGCCUUCGCCAAUUUCGGCAACUUCGGCAAAUAAGACAGCGAGAGGAGCUGUGGGGGGAGAAGCUUGCCAGACGGUGCAGCUGCGAAUGAGUCCAAAGGCGCUGCACACAGACUACUUGAAGAGCAGAGAAUGAUACCAUCACCCUUCAGUUCCUUUUAUAUUACAUUAUAUACAUAUGUAUGUGUAUGUAUGUAUAGACAUGCGUACAUAUUCUCUUCUGUUGGGAGGGGUGUAUGCGGGCAUUCUGUAACUGGCAGGAACUGAGUGUGAAUGAGCGAAUUAAAAAAAAAAAAAAAAGAUGGAGAGAGAAACGCUCUCCCGUUUCCUCCCCUGCAUUGCUGGGGUUUGCCGUUUCCACCUUGCAGAGAAAGAGUGAUUAAUUUUAACAAAAACUGCUCUUUUCUUGCCUUCCAGGUCCCCAUCCCUCCCUGUUUUUAACCUAGCAGAUGUAACUCCUGACAUUACCUCACACUGUUCAUACUAAACACCGUGACUCGAAGAAGCGUAACGGUCUGCGAUGGUCUGUGUACAUAUCUUUUGAUGUGCGAGAAAUAAAUUAUUGCAUUACUAAAGACUGUUUUUUGAACAGUACCUGGGGAGGAAGCAAGGACCGCAAAAGAGCUUUUGGCUCAUUUGGUUUCUGUUUGUUGCCAUUACAUCCUGCUGGAGACACAUUCGGGAAACCGCCCUCUACUGCU